AUGGGAUCGCGGUCGAUCCGCCUCAUCGGCGCCCUCUGUAUCCUCCUCACGAUCCCACCGGUAGGCGCCAGAGCGCCGACGAUCCUCCCCGACGCCGACGGCCGCACCCCUCUCGACGCCCCGACCGACGGACGCGCGUGCCACGGCCCGCACAUCGAGCUGGGCGUGGGCGUGGGCUGCGACUUCUCCGGCUUCUUCACCGAGGCCCUGGGUCUCCACGUCGCGCUCGCGGCACGGGGCACGUGCGUCAGGACCCCGACGCUGAGCCGAUGCGAGCCCGCCCUGCGCGGGCUCCUCACCCCGCACGAGCGCGAGGCGGCGUCCACCGCGGGGAGGUUCCAGGACGAUGCGUCGCAGCCGGACGUGGACGUGCGCUGGCACAACGGCGAGGACGCGCCGUGCCCGUGGGAGAGGGACUCGGUUCGCGAGGCGGAGGCGCGCGGGACGCUGGCGGUGCUCAGGAGCAUGACCGAGAAGGUGGUGCUGAGCGACACGCUGCGGCGGUGCUGCGCCCUGGUGCACGAGACGUGGGUGCCCACCGAGUGGCACAGGAAACUGUACCGGCGCGAGGGGUGCCCCAACGCGAGGGCGCUCCCGGAGGCGGUGGACGACCGGAUAUUCCGGGGUAAGAUCCCCGGGGACGGCGACUCGGUUCGUUCAGACUCGGGUGCCGACUCGGGUGCCAGCCUUCGUGACUCGAAGAAGACGGUGUUCCUGAGCGUGUUCCAGUGGCAACACCGCAAGGGACCGGAUGCGCUCCUCAAGGCGUACUGGAACGCGUUUGACGCCAAAGACGACGUGGUCCUUCGAAUUCGCGCCAAGGUUCCCGGCUGGGCGCACAACCCGUUCAGGACCGCGAACGACGGGGUGAAGCACUGGGCGAGGGCGCUGUGGAACACGUCGCCGGGAAAGCUCGCGGCGGUGGAGGUCAUCGAGGUUAAAGACGGGGAAGACGUCACCCGGGAGCAAAUGGCUUCGAUGUACAGGUCAGCGCACGCCUUCGUGUUACCCUCGAGGGGCGAGGGUUGGUGCCUGCCGUGCGCCGAGGCGAUGGCCAGCGGGACGCUGCUCAUCGCCAGCGACUUCAGCGGCACGACCGCCUUCGCGGACAGCACGAACUCGCUGCCGGUGCAGUGCGUGGUGAUCAACGCUCAAAAGGGAUGCGAGCCCGACGUGGAGGGGCUGGCGUGGCGGCUUCGGUGGACGCACGACCACCGCGCGGAGGCGGCGGCGCUCGGGACGAAGGGCGCCGACGACAUUCGCGUCAAGUUUGGCAUGUCCGCGGUGGCGACGUUGUGGGCGGAGGAGGGGAGGAGGGGGCUCGGGAGGUUCGACGCUCGGCGGCUGGUAGACGUGGACUAG